AUGGACGGUUCCCAUGUGCAUGCUGACGAUCAACCGAAUCAACGAGUCUGGAGUCUUCCCAACAAAGGCGAUGAGUUUCUGGAUCUCUUGAAUCAUCCUCUUAUCGAUGCAAUUAUGCCCUGGUUCCUAGGUAAUGCGUUCAAGCUCCACUCUAUGGGCGCCAACAUUGCUCGACCUGCAAAGUCUGGUAUCUAUAUGCAUCGUGAUCAGAUGGGACUCACCCCCGAGACAAUCGAUCACGCUUACCUUUUGAAUGCUAUGUGGUAUUUGGUGGAUGUUACGGAAGAGAGAGGCGCCACCCGUAUGUAUCCCGGGUCUCACAACAAGAAUGUCGCGCCGCCUGUUAUUAAUCAAGUUGGCGGAUCCGUUCCGGCGGCAGCUCCCGCUGGAACAUGUGUGCUCUUGGAUAGCCGAACCUGGCACUCGACUGGCGUGAACACGUCGGACACGACGCGACCUAUCAUUUUGUCAGCAUUCUGCCGCUUCUUUUUGCAGGCCAUGGAGAACUACCCGGAGCUCAUGAAUGCGGAGACCAAGGCAAAAUUAUCUGACAGACAGCUGGGGCUUUUGGGAUUCCGCGUUCCAGUGCGAGAUGGAAAGCGGGCGCAAGCGUACACUGCGUAUAAUUACCCAGGCGCGGAUUUUGGAAAGUCGAGGGCAUCGGCAGAUAUUGCAUGGCUUCCCAGCAAGACGAACGGGAAAUCUUAG